AUGGCGGCCCAAACCCCGACAGCAGCUCAGGCCCAGGCCAACCAGGGCAGCUGGGGAGCUUUCCUCAAGUCCAUCGCCUCCUUCAACGGCGACCUCUCCUCCCUGACAGCCCCGCCCUUCAUCCUCUCGAGCACGUCCUUGACCGAGUUCUCCUCCUACUGGUGCGAGCACCCCUCCAUCUUCGCCGCCCCUGCCAAGGAGACCGACCCCGCCAAACGUGCCCUGCUCGUCACGAAAUGGUUCAUCACCACCCUCAAGCAGCAGUACGCUUCCCGCAGCGAGCAGUACGGCAACGAGAAGAAGCCCCUCAACCCCUUCCUCGGCGAGCUCUUCCUCGGUAAAUGGGAGGACGAGGCCGGCACCACAGAGCUCAUCAGCGAGCAGGUUAGCCACCACCCUCCCGCGACGGCCUACUCGAUUACCAACCUCGCGUCCGGCGUUCACCUUGAGGGCUACAACGCCCAAAAGGCCACCUUCAGCCGCACAAUCAACAUCAAACAGAUCGGCCACGCCCUCUUGACUGUCCCUACCGCCGAGGGCGGCCAGAAGGAGACGUACCUCAUCACCCUGCCCGCCCUGCACAUCGAGGGCCUCAUCUUCGGCGCCCCCUUCAUCGAGCUCGAGGGCACCUCCUUCAUCACCUCGUCCACCGGCUUCACCUCCAAGAUCGACUACUCGGGCAAGGGCUGGCUGUCCGGCAAGAAGAACAGCGUCACCGCCACCGUCUACCCGACGGGCAAGGAGAAGGACGCCGUCUACAACAUCACGGGCGUCUGGACAAAGUCCUUUGAGAUCCACGAGGGGACCCCCAAGCACAACUCGUCAAAGACGCUCCUCGAGACGUACGACGCCGCGCAGCACCCGACGUCCAAGCUUAUUGUCGCGCCCAUCGACAAGCAGCACCCGCUCGAGUCGCGCCGCGCCUGGAAGGGCGUCGCCGACGGCAUCGCAAAGGGCGACAUGGACCUCGUCUCCCGCGAGAAGAGCGCCAUCGAGAAGGCCCAGCGCGAACUCCGCGCAAAGGAGAAGGCCGAGGGCCGCGUCUGGGAGCGCAGGUACUUCACCGACCGCCAGAGCGCCGGCGACGCCGUCCUCGAGUCCCUCGGCGCCCACGUCGGGCUGCCGGCCACCGGCGACGCGGAGAAGACGGGCGGCCUGUGGCGGUACGACGCCGAGAAGGCCGACAAGGUGCGCAGCCAGGCCGCCCUGAGCGAGGCCGACCAGGCCAAGAUUGCCGAGGAGAUUCUGGGACAGACAUCAUCAUGA